AUGGCCAAGCCAAAAACACUAACAGACUUUGAUAAAGAGCUUUUUCAGACGUUCAGAAGAGUAGAAGUGAACAAUCUGCUACUGGAUGCUAUAAAACAUAUUCUAAAAUAUGCAAAGUUUCUUAGAAAGUUAUGCACCAACAAGAGGAGGCUGAAAGAUGACGAGAGGAUUAACAUGGGGAGAAAUGUGUCAGCCCUCAUACAACCCAAUAUGCUACAGAAGUGCAAAGAUCUUGACACGUUUACUAUCCUUUGUACCAUUGGGAACUCCACCUUUAGCAAUGCAUUUCUUGAUCUUGGUGCUUCCAUAAAUGCCAUGCCUACAUCAAUCUACAAGUCUUUCAACCUCGUUCUCCUAAAGCAAAUUGGUGUAGUCAUUCAAUUGAAAAAUAGAAGCACUGCAGUUCCUGCUGGAGUAGUAAAAGAUGUGUUAGUCAUAGUAGACAGGCUGAUAUUCCUUGCAGAAUUUUACAUUCUGGACAUGGCAGAAGAUUCUAGCAUGCCUACAUUGAUCCUCGGUAGACCUUUUCUGAAAACAGUUUCUAGUUGUACAUGCACUAUAACGGAUUUGUGUAAGGUUUGUAUUGAGAUAGAUGCGUAUUUAACAAUUAAUGAUGUUUCAUAUGCAGAAGCAAUACAUGCUGCAGAAUUGGACUCCUCUACCAGGACAUUUCCCUCGAUUGUGCAGCCACCUAUACUUGAACUAAAUCCUUUUCCCAAACACAUGAAGUAUGUGAUUUUAGAGUCUGGUAACAACUGCUAG